UCGGAACCGAGCGUCUUUGCCAGUGCGCCACAGUUCCCGUGCCCAGUGUUGUGCGAGGGUACGCCACCGCUGUGCUCCUCGAGCGCGCUCUCGGCGCUCUCGCUAAUAUGGUUCGCUCCGGCGGCUCGGGCAGACCCUACUCCCGCGAAGAAAUCUGCUGGGGCUCCUUCGAGCGCAACACGGGUGCGUGGUGUCCGUUCACCGAGCAGGACGCCAUCGAGGCCGCCUAUCAGGCGAACGAGGCGUCGAUCCACCUCCCCGCCUGCUUUGACGCGACGGUGCACUUUUCUGAGCCCCAUUGCUUCCAGCGGACGCCCGCGGUCGGCUCCAAGCCGUCGGGGUUCCGUUCCGUCCUUCGCGGCGAGGUGGGCAGCGUGGUGCGGCUGCAUUACUGGGCGAGCAGCAAGACGUUUCGGCUCGACGCGCCGACGAACGAGCCGCCCUCGUACGUGGUGGAUGUCAAGAUCGAGGCCGCGCCCCAGGAGCGGCCGGUUGCCUGGCAGUGGCUCGAUCUCCCCCCGAGCGCGCUCGCGUCUGCAAUGGACCUCAACUGGCACUCGUUCGCGCCGGAGCACUCGGAGGCGAUCGAGCAGGCGUCGAGGGCGACGAUGGGCCGUGUGGAGAUCAUCAUCGGUCUGACCAAGUACGUCAUCCAAAACUUCAACGGCGCGUAUGCCGAGCAGCGAAACGAGAGGACGGGCGCGCGCAGGUCGGUGCGGCGUGGCUACGCGUCGGAUGCAGCGCCGCCCGCGGCGCCCGACGAUUUGGCCUCAGACUUUUGCGGGCCUUCCACCACUCUUGCAUCCAGCAUGUCCUCACCGCGCCGAACGCAUACACGAGGAAGUGUCCGAUCUGCCGCCGCACCCUGGCCCGCCCGCCCGUCGGACCCAGCUCCAGCAUUGCGCAAGGACGACCGGCACCGGCGCCGCGGCCGGGGACGGGGGGCGGCGGCCGCGUGGGGAUGGACCCCGACGAGGCCCGCCGCUUCGUCAACCCGCGCAACCUCGGCGACUACUCCUCGUCGGCACAGGACGCCUAUGCCGGCCGAGGGCCGUCGGCGCGUACGCCGUCGUCGCGGCGGUGGUUUUGAUGGACGCACAGCCGGGCCCGGAGUCGUAUCUCUGACUCGUCGUACGUAGUUGUGGCCUCGAGCGAGGCGCGCGCUUAAGACGCCACACACCGCUCAGAUCCUCUCUCAGCCGCUCCGCCUCCGGCGGUGCGGGACAGAGGCUCAGAGCGCAUGUGAGCGCUGAAUGAUCGGCGCAUAGUUGCUCGAGUUGUUUUCUUUGGCAGUAGCUCUGAACGCGCAAA